UGCCCCUUUGAACAGUCCCCUUAAUAUCUAUCCAUUAUUGCAACAAAUCAAAUCUUGUCACUUGAAUUUCACAAACCAACCAACAAUAUCCAUUUCAUUUUUAUGCUCAAAACCGAACCAAACCCAACCCACUAAUUUUUUUUAUAUAUUUUCAAACCCCAAUCAUUCAUCCAUUUAUUCAGCCCCUUUUUAUAAACAUACAGGCAGAGAACCAGAGGAUAAGAAAAUAGAUUAUCAUUUGUCAGUGUUAAUAUUGUGUUGUUUAUAAUAUUUCAAUGGCUACUUUUACUGCCGCCGGUGGAAUGAUUGGAUCAAAUGGAUUACAAUACAAGACCAUGAAGAAGAAGAAGAAUACGGUGAAUAGGAUGAAGGUUUCUUGUUCUUCUCCUUCGGUUUCGAUGGUGGAUCCAUACAAGACUCUCAGGAUCCAGCCGGGUGCCUCUGAAUCUGAAGUUAAGAAAGCUUUUCGCCAGCUAGCUUUGCAGUAUCAUCCUGAUGUUUGUAGAGGAAAUAAUUGUGGGAUGCAAUUUCACCGGAUCAAUGAAGCUUACGAUAUUGUGAUGAGCAAUUUGAGAGGUGAAAGUGAAUCCCAGAUGAUAUAUGAGACGUACGAUGAAGGCGCCGAUGAACCGAUGAGGGGAAUGGAGGAUCCGGAUUGGGAUUUAUGGGAAGAGUGGAUGGGAUGGGAAGGAGCUGGAAUUAGAGACUACUCAUCUCACGUUAAUCCUUACAUUUAGUUUAAUUAAAACUUGUAAUUAGUUAAUGAAUGAAUUAAGUUCUUGCAACCCACAAAUAUGGAGUGGAGGUUGUUAUUGUAAAUAGUGAAUGAAAAAAAGCCAAAGCCAUUGUUGGUUGUACAUAUUGAAGCUGAGAUGAUGGCUGUGCUGUUUAUAUUCUUAUCUAAAAAUCGUUUAAAAGAAGUAUGAAUUAUGCUCA